AUGGUUUUCGCCGUCUCUACCACUGCCACCGCGGCCGAGGACCAUAGAGUCCUGACUAUCCGCGAGGUCUACCAACCUCCACCGGCCACGAGUAGCAAUGGACGUGUAGUGCCUAUCAAGCAUGACAACAAAGUAGACUUUGGAGCCGAGGUCUAUGGUAUCGAUCUUAACAACUUCACCUCCGCCGAUUUUGCCCUCAUCUCUGAUGCCCUCCACCGCCACAAGCUCCUAGUUUUCAAGGAGCAGCCGCAAAUGCUGACACCACAACAGCAAUAUCGACUCACUUCAUGCUUUGACCCUGACGAGAAGACCGGAGGUUUCGCUCACGGCGCCGACCCUGUACUUCUGUCGGAAAAUGGGGUCACCAUUUAUGGUCUUCCCAACCGGCCAGCUAUCAACGCUCAGCCCCAGGUCCAUAUUCUAGGGCGUGGUGAAGUGCCUCAGGACCAUUUCGAUUUCCCGCCAGGAUUCAAAGUGAAGGGUAUUGACCAUGUCAACUUCCACCUUCCACCACACAUUCCACAGGAAGAAAGAGAUGCCGGCUCCAGUCGUUUUUACCAGUGGCACUGGGAUGGCUCUCUGUACAAGAUUCCUCCCCCACGGGUAGGCUGUCUGCUGGCUGUACGCACACCGAAAGGCCCCGACGUCACUGUUCACUGGAGUGAUGGUACUGGGAGAAAGAUGGACAUCGCACCAGGUGCUACUGCUAUGAUAGCGGGAUCCCGGGCACUGCAGCUCUUGGAACCAGAGUUGCGCGAGAUUGUCUUGCACAGUCGUAUUGAGUACGCACCGCACGCGUUCCAGUGGAUGUCAACUGCGCGCAGCACUAGACUCGGCCAUCUUAUCGAAACGGAGGGGCGCGAGAUGCCGCUAGACAAACUUUCACCGUGGACAGAGGAUGAAAUCUGCAUUUACCCCAUGGUAUGGACCAAUCCGGUGACCGGGGAGAAGUCCCUUCAAGUGCAUGGCCAAGGUGCUUUCAAGUUGUAUCUCAGGAACAAACUAGAUGGGGAUGAGACGGUAGUCACGGACCUGAAGGAGGUCCGCGCUUUUAUGGACAAGAUUAUGAGUCCAGUCUUGUCACCGGAGAAUAUUUACGCGCAUCCUCAUCAGGAGCAAGAUGUCAUCCUCUGGUACAACCGGGCCUUGUGGCACAGUAUUACCGAGUUCCCCGAGUCUUACGGACCACGGAUUAUGCAUCAGUGCAACAUCGCAGCGUCGGACCACCCUUCGAUGUAG